UCCGACUAGCAGAUGGGAAUCCGAAAACCAACCUGAAAAAUUUCGUCCAUAAAUAGGCCUGAGGAUCAGUUCACUCCAACAAUCCUCGCCAUUAUUAAUCAGUUAAUAGCUUCAACAAACUCCAAUCUCCCUCGAGCCAAAAAGCUAAGACAUGCAGAUAUUCGUGAAGACCCUCACCGGUAAGACCGUCACUCUGGAGGUGUCGAGCAGCGAUACCAUCCUCAGCGUCAAAGCCAAGAUCAAUGGCAAGGAAAGGAAGCCUCUUUCUCCUGAUCAACUGAGAUUAAUAUUCGGUGGUAAAGAAAUGCAAGAUGCUCGAACUCUUGCUGACUACAACGUCCAAAAAGGGUCGACUCUUCAUCUCGUGUUAAGACUCAGGGGAGGAACUAUCCUUGAAGUGAAGACCCUGACAGGAAAGAAAAUCGAUGAUGAUUUUCAGCUUGUAACUGAACCGUUAAUCGCAAGCAGGAAGGAAUCCGGUAAACAGCUUGGAGAUGACAGACCAACAAGGGACUAUGAUAUUGAAGGUGGGUCUGUGAUUCAUCUUGUGCUUGCCCUGAAGGGUGGCAGUUUUUAAUUAUAAUAGGAAACUCUAUAUUGUUUUAUAUUCGAUAUUUUGUUUCAAAUUACUGCAAAUUAAUGGACAUAUUAAUACUGUUAUUUUGUUUGGACAAGCACAAGGAUAUAACUGGGAACAUGCAUGUAAUUCUUAAUCAUCUUUCUUUUCUUUUUUAUUUUUCUUUUUGCAAAUUUACUCAUAUUUUCAUUAGCAUGCUGUAAAGAUGAAACUCUGCAAUAUAAUGCUUUAUUUUUAUAUAUUUUUUGUUAUUCUUUUUCGUGAGGUAGUCUGUUCAAGUAUGUGAAUAAAAAUCUCAAAAUUUUAUUAUCGUAAAUCUCCAUUACAUUUCCUUCCUUUUAUCUGCAAUUUUGGGCUUGAAGGCCAUUAGAAUUCACAGAAUUAUCCAAAAUCCACGCAUAUUAAGCAGGAAAGAGGUUUUGCCUGACCAUCCAAUCAAUUUAUUAAAUUGAUUGG